AAUCGUAGAACCGUUCAAGGAGUACAACUUACUACUACAAACGUUAUGAAUGUGUUUAAAAAACUCACCGCCGCCGCGAAGAUCAAUUCCUUGUUUCUUGUAUAAUACGACAUUGUCGAGUAACAGUCGAUACAAUUCGCAUGAUUAAGUAAUGUGGUUAUCAGUUUUAAAAAAUCAAUAAAGUGAAAGAUAUGUCCAAAGACUCUCGAUAUACGCCAGUGAAUACAAAUCCAGAUAAAAAUCCAACAUGGUGGAAGCGACGUACAAGUAUGGAGAGGUGUCUAACCUUAUCAACGGGUAUUGCCCUUCUUAUUGGAAUCUCCUUACUCAUAGCACUUGCCACAGUAUUAUAUAGCAGAGAUCAACAUGUUAGUAAUAAACCGUACACAGCCCAACCACUACAAGGAAAAAUAGUCACAAUUACAUCCCAAGAUCACGAAGAUGAAAAAGUAUGUUUAAGUCCAGGAUGCAUUCAUACUGCAUCACGUGUAUUGGAAUAUAUGGAUGAAUCGGUUGACCCUUGCGAUGAUUUUUAUCAAUUUACCUGUGGUAAUUUUAUCAAGAAGACAAAUAUUCCUGAUGAUAAAUCCUCAGUAACUUCAUUUACUCUAAUUGGUGAUGAACUUCAAGAGCAAUUGAGAACUAUGAUCGAGGAACCGAUCCAAGAAGAUGAACCAAAACCAUUCAAGCUUACUAAGAAAUUAUACAAGGCAUGUAUGAAUAAAACUUUGAUUGAAGAGGAUGGAAUGACCACUAUUACAGAAGUGCUGAAGGAGUUGGGUGGUUGGCCUGUUUUAGAAGGAGAUUCUUGGAAUGAAGAUGAUUUUGAUUGGAAAAACUCUGUAUAUAAAUUUCGAAAAGUGGGUUAUGGCGUGGAUUAUUUUAUUGAUUUUUCUGUUGUUGGAGAUGUCAAGAAUUCUACCAAGAGAGUAAUUGAUUUGGAUCAAGCAUCUUUGGGUCUGAGACGGGAAUUCUUAAUCAAGGGACUCGAUGAAAAAAUAGUCAAGGCCUAUUACGAUUAUAUGGUUGAUUUAGCAGUACUGUUUGGAGCUGAGCGAGAGAGAGCAGCUAAAGAAUUAAGAGCUUCUCUAGACUUUGAAAUUCAAUUAGCUAAGAUAUCUCUGCCAAGUGAAAAACGCCGUAACAUGACAGCCUUAUAUAAUCCAAUGACGAUUGAACAGUUGCAAGAAAAAUUUAGAAGUAUUCCUUGGGUAGAAUACAUUAAUAACCUUCUAGCCCCGGAUACAACCGUAGAAUCUGGUGAAAUUGUAGUUGUAAACGUUCCGUCGUACCUUAAAGCUUUCGAAACUCUAGUUAGCAAGACGCCAAAGAGGGUACAGGCUAAUUAUGUAAUGUGGAGAGCUGCAUCAAACUCAGUAUCAUAUUUAACAGAACGUUUAAGAAAGAGGCAAUUAGACUACACAGCAGUAAUUACUGGCAAAACAGAACGAGAACCCAGAUGGAAAGAGUGCAUUGAUAUUACUUCAGUCAGUUUAUCCAUUGCAUCUGGAGCUUUGUACGUAAGAAAAUACUUUAACGAACAAGCAAGACAAAACGCUAUUGAUAUGGUAAAAGAUAUCAGAGCUGAGUUUCAAGAUAUUUUGAAAGUUGUUGAUUGGAUGGACGAAGAAACAAGAGAAAAUGCAUUGGAAAAAGCUAAAUCUAUGACGUCGCACAUUGCCUAUCCUGACGAAUUACUCGAUGAUGAAAAACUUAAAGAAUUUUAUGAUGGUCUGGAAAUGGACCGUAACCAAUACUUUAAAUCAAUUUUAAAUCUAACUCUGUUCGGAACAAGAUUUUCAUUCAAAAGAUUGAGACAACCUGUAAAUAAAACUGACUGGAUUACUCACGGAAGACCUGCUAUUGUUAACGCAUUUUAUUCAUCUAUUGAAAAUAGCAUACAGUUCCCUGCUGGUAUUCUCCAAGGAGUAUUCUUUAACGCUGAUCGUCCCAGAUAUAUGAACUAUGGUGCAAUUGGCUUUGUUAUUGGACAUGAGAUCACACAUGGUUUUGACGAUCAAGGUAGACAAUUUGAUAAAGUGGGAAAUUUAGUAGAUUGGUGGCAAGAAACAACGAAAAAACGAUUUGUGGAAAAAGCUCAAUGUAUUAUUGAUCAAUAUGCUAAUUACACUGUUCCAGAACUAAAUUUAAAUCUGAAUGGCAUUAACACUCAAGGCGAAAACAUAGCGGACAAUGGCGGCAUCAAAGAAGCAUACUUGGCUUACGAUCGAUGGGUAAAACGGAAUGGGGAGGAAUACUUUUUACCUGGUCUCAACUACACUGGUAGACAAAUGUUCUGGAUGUCUGCCGCAAGCAUUUGGUGUUCGGUAACAAGAAAAGAAGAACUUCAGCAAAUGAUAAUCACCGACGAGCAUGUACCUGAUAAAUUUAGAGUUAAUGGGCCUCUCGCUAAUAUGAAGUAUUUUGCGGACGAUUUCAAUUGCCGGAAAGGAGCUCCGAUGAACCCUGAACAUAAGUGCCAAGUUUGGUAGUUGUUUUUAAAGUUUGUCCUGUAUUAGGACGUAGAGUUUAAUAUUUGAAUGCUGCUUUGUAUUUUUAACAAGAGCGCGCAGCCGUCACCUUGGGCAAUAUUUUUGAUAUUUCUGGAAUCUCCUACAUUAUCUACAAAUUAAUUAAAACGAUUUGGUGAAAUGGGUACAUUUACUUUGAAAACAAUGUUACCACAAAUAUUGUGUUGUGUAAUAUAACCUAUGAAUACUUCCUCUCUCUUAUUAUAAAUUAUGUGUUGAAGUAACGUUUUAACAGAUCUAAUUUGUUGUGAUUACUUUUUUAAAAUUAAUAAUAAUGCUCUCAGACACGACCAUUCUAUCAGUCUUUAUCAUCUGUGUAAUAAACUGAAAUAAUGUAUAAUAGACGCGACUUAACACUCUUGCAAACAUUUGGGAGGAAAUACCGUAAUACAAUAUUUGUGUUAAUUUAUAAUAAAUUCAAAAGCAUCUUACAGUUAUUAGUAAUUGUUUAUUGCCUAUAAAUAUACUUAAGUGAUUUUUCCGAUGGAACAGUAUUUCUAUUGGGACUUAUACAUGUGUAUGUGUACGUAAGAAAUUUAUUUUUAGGUACUUGAUAUCGUAUUGGUUUUGGCUUAAGCAUUAAAAAGUGCCGCAAUAUUAAAGUGUUAUAAAAAUUAAAUAUUUAUAGAUCUGUUAAAGGACAAAACAUUUAGUGCUGACAGGUUUACCAAAAAGUAUUAUAAAUACGAGCUGAUGAUAUUAUGUACCUAACAUUUUAUAUUAUGUUUUACGUGUUUGUUAAAAAACCCGGAAUUUUUCAUCAGAAAGCGAAAUUUUUUACGUAAAUAUUGAUCUGUAUUAUUUAUAUUAUAAAAAUGGGAUUUAUAAAUUUUAUUGAUAGACCCAAAUAUAUCUUUAUAUCCUUUUUUAUUAUUUUUUUGUACAUCUUAACACUUUCAAUGCUGAUUCAUUGAGUAAAAUUGCUUCACCAGUUGCCAUUGCAAUCAGCCAUUCUAUCAAUAUUCUUAUAUUUUAGGAUAAACAAUUAUAGUCUAAGAGCUGGGAGCAGAUUUUGUGUGUGAUAAGUAAUAUGGAAAAACUAUACGGGAAUAUGUUGAAUUAGUUGCGUACAUGACUUUCCCCAACGGCCGGAAACCAAAGUGGGGGACGAGGGUAGUUAUAAGGGGUAAAAGUCGCGGUUUUUAUUAUUUUUUUUGUGACGCUCAUGAUCAGGAUAGUGCACUAAAAUUUGGGAAUAAGUAGGUCAUUACGUAACUAAGUAAAAUCUCCAGGGGUGGCACGCUGCUUGAGGUACAAAGGGGAGGUAGGCAGGGUGAGUAUAAAAAAAUAAGGGGUUUUUGCAGCAAAUAAUACAAACUGCAGCUUUGACCCCUUAAAACUACCCUCAUCCCCAACUCUGAUUUCUGCCCCUGGAGAUUUUGCUUAGUUACGUCAUGAUCUACUUACUCCCAAAUUUUGGUGCACUAUCUCGAUCAUGAGCGUCACAAAAAAAUAAUCAAAACCGGGACUUUGACCCCUUAUAACUACCCUCGUCCCCCACUCUGGUUUCCGGCUCUGGGGAUUUUACUUAGUUAUAUCAUGGUCUACUUAUUCCCAAAUUUUGGUGUGCACUAUCCCAAUCACGAACGUCGCAAAAAACCCUUAUAUUUUUUAUAUUCAACCCUACCCCCACCCCUUUGUCGGCCACUCAGCGUGCCACCCCUGAAGAUUUUACUUAGUUACGUCAUGACCUACUUAUUCCCAAAUUUUGGUGCACUAUCUCGAUCAUGAGUGUCAAAGAAAAAGUAAUAAAAACCGCGACUUUUACCCCUUAUAACUACACGCGUUACCGACUCUGGUUUCCGGCUCUGGGGAUUUUACUUAGUUAUGUCAUGGUCUACUUAUUCACAAAUUUUGGUGCACUAUCUCAAUCACGAACGUCGCAAAAAACCCUUCAUAUAUUUUAUAUUCACCCCUACCCCCACCCCUUUGUCGGCCACGCAGCGUUCCGCCCCUAGAGAUUUUACUUAGUUACGUCAUGACCUACUUAUUCCCAAAUUUUGGAUCUCGAUCAUGAGCGUCACAAAAAAAAUAAUAAAAACCGCGACUUUGACCCCUUAUAACUACCCUUGCCCCCCACUCUGGUUUCUGGUUGGGGAAAGUCAGGUACACAAAUAAUUCAACAUAUCCCCGUAUAGUUUUUCCACAUUACUUAUCACGCACAAAAUCCGCUUCUAUCUCUCCGACUAUGAUGUAAAUGAGGUAGUGCUAGGGGUCUACCAUUACCCCAGUUUUUAUUUUCAGCCCUGGGUAUUUAAAUUACCUCAACCUCAACCAUUUUGAUCAAAUAUUUCAUUCUUUUAUUAUACUUUUAUCAUUUUUACUCCUUAGCUUUUAUUUUUUUUUUCAAUUUUUUCGUUAUUUUAUAUUGUUUUAUACAAUUUAACGUCCAAAGUUGUUUCUAGUUCUGUACCCGUUAUUAGUUAUACACCUAUUGUGUUGAUGGAUGAAAUUGACUGUUUUGUUUUGUCGUACUUUUUAUUGGUUAAACUUUUUUAUAUAUUUUUGAGUAGGACUUUUUCAAAUAGAUAUUUAAAAAAUAAUUUUCUUAAAUUGAAAUCAUCAGAUCGUUUGUUAUAUUUUUAACAGUGUUUGGAUUGGUACUGAUUUUGAUGUAAUAUCAAGGCGAAUUUUUAUAAUAAAUAUACUUUUGGAAA